UUUUUUUAUUACGAGGUUACUAAAUUUAACCAUUCAAUCAUGACGUCACGUGAAGCGUCUUGAACACAAUUUAGUCUUAAAUCGUAAAGUUAAUCAAUUUUAAAGCCUGUUACUAAACAAAAAGUUUAUAUUUCUAAAACAAUUAUGUUGAUGUAAUAGUAGACGUGUGUAGCGAUUUAAAAUAAUUAAUUUGUUUUUAUUUUGAGAAGUAAAUUGGAUUAGGCGUUGAGGCGCUCCUUGGGACCCCGUGCUGGUGUUUUCCAUGCAUAAAUUAUGGCGUCACAUGUAGCGUCUAAUGCGAGUUCAGGAUUUGUUACGUUUUCUGUAUUCAUGGAAGUUUUAAUUAAGAUUAAAUGAUUUUAAUAUAUAUUUCAGUAAUGGAGUAUCUGUUAGAGUUUCAAGGCGUCUACAAGCCAAGAAAGACUCUAAAUUUACAAGCAUCAAAGCCUGAGUCUCUAACACGUAUUGCUGUUUUAGAGCAGAGAGAAAAGGAAAGGUUGAGAAAAGCUGCAUACAGGGCCUAGUUAAGCCCACAUGAAAAAGCUUGGAUAAACAGAAAACGCAAAGAAAGAAAACAGCAAGCUAAUAGUCCACUUAAUGUCAUCUCAGCAGAGGUUGGUGAAUCACUAGGUACUGGAUUCCAGACUCCAGUGGCAAAAAGAAUGGCUGUUUCAAGGGCUUUGAUGAAAUUGCCUAGGUCACCCAAGAAAUAUGCUGCAGUUUUUGAUGGUCUCACACAAAUAUGCUCCCCAAGAAAAAGUAAAAGCUGUCCAUGACAUACGCUUUCUGCGCCUACCUGAGAGAAGAAAGCUCAUCCUUCUAAACAACAUUAAAGAAAGUAUCAAAACCUAACUACACUCCACCAGCAAAAAAAAAGUCAGAUGUCUAGUGCUCAUAGACAAGUACUCUGCAGUAUCCUUAGUAAGUACAACAAACUCAGAGGUUGUGCUACUCAUUUCUAACAUCUGGUCAAGAAGUUUUAUGUCCAAGUGCAAAUCAGAACAAAUUGCAAGAAAAAAAAUGACGUGAUUGCAUUGCACAAAAUGCCUUGGAAACAAUAUUCAUUUUUUACAGUAGAGGGAACUGAUCCCUCUCAAUCAUCUGUUAGUGCUCAAACAGGAAAACGUUUCAUGCAAAAGCUACUUAACAUAAGAUGCAGUCUUGCUUAUGUGAGUUGUGUUUGAAGAUUUUUCUUUAUAUAGAGGGCAUUAAUAAAUUUCUGAUCAAAAAAGGACACAGAGAGCUGACAUUAAUAAAUCCAGCUUCAUCACUUGACUUAACUCUAUGCCCAAGAACUAAUGCCAAUUGUUUUCAUAAGCUGCAGUGCAUUGAAAUAUCAUGUAGCAACUGUGGUGUGGAUUUAAUUAACAAGUAUUGAGCCUUUAAAAAAUUGCACAGAUGAAUUAGCAGAGUGGAGUAUAGUAUGUGGUCAAAGAUGACGGAUGAGUAUGUUCAGAGUGAUGGUACACUGCAAAAGGUAUCAAAGUGGCGACCAGUAAAUAAAGAAGGAUCUUUUAAUGACCUAGUGAGAGGUAUUACACCUAACACUAUUGCUUACAGAAAUAGAAGCUGUUUCUGCUAUCCAUACAGAAAUUCAUAUGGCAGUCAGUGCCUGCAUGAUGAAAUAUGUGGCUCUUGGAAGGUGUUCAAACUUCAGAAACAAAAUGUAGUGCAAUCUCAGUCAAAUCUUGAAGACUCUUUGGAUGUCAGUCCCAUAUGCUCAAAUUCAAAGGCCCAAACAAUUUUCUUCACUCAUCAAAAGUACAUUGUAAAUAGCUGUGUGAUUGUCAAGUAUGGGGAAAUAUUCUAUCCAGGAGUUGUGAUAGAAGUCCUGGAUGAUCAGCGCAGAAAUAAUUUUUUAAAAAGGCACAGAAAUAAAAGAAAUAUAUAAAUAUAUAUCCAGAAGUGCAGGACAUACAGUUAGUGUAUGCAGACAUGAUUGUUACUGAAGUGAUGUUGAUACCAAUGGCAAUAGUUUGAGAGUGGAAUGUUUUGAUUUCUGAAUUUGUCAAAUAAAAUUUGUGUACAGUU